AUGGGCGAGGCGCUCGAUGUCGUCGGCGGCUUGAGAAACUGUCUCGGUUGCAGACUGACGACGGUUGCGAAGUUGGGCGUGAUGAAGAAAGCGGAGGGGUCCUUCCCCGUAGCGCUCGUUCAGUGCCGCGACCAAGGCUUCGUAGGAAUCGCGGGUAUCGGGUGGGUGAAGCACGACGACGAGGGCUUCGACAUCUUGGACCUGGGUGUUUGUGGCAUCGAGAAGGAACGGGACUGGAUUGUCAAGGCCCAGCUAGCGGAGCAAGUGGUCUCGCUGAAGGUAGACACCGGCUCCCAAGCCAACCUGUUGCCCCUGUCGGUGUACAAGAGACUGCACCCUAAGCCGUUUUUAAGACCAAGCCACGCGGUCUUGCGCUCGUACAGCGGCAAUAUCAUCAAACACUGCGGCGUCACAACACAGGAGGUUACGAUCAACCAGCAUCACUGCCGCGUCGACUUUUUCAUUGUUAAACGAAGUCAGGCCAUUCUCGGGCUACAGGCAAGUGAGCUCCUGGGACUGGUGUCCCGAACGGUGAACUCUGUAAGCACGGGCAGCGCCGUUCCGGUGACCCAAGAAUUCGCCCACCUGUUCCAAGGCACCGGCUGCGUAAAGCGACGGUACCGAAUGGUACUACAUGACGAUGCCGUGCCAGUGGUUCAGCCUGCACGACGGGUGCCCUUGGCACUGCGAGAGCCCCUGCGGGAAGAACUGCAGCGCAUGGAGAAGGCCACCAUCAUCCGGAAAGUGGAUGAACCCACUGACUGGGUAAGCCCUCUUGUUAUUGUGAAGAAAAAAGAUGGCAGCCUUAGGCUAUGCAUGGACCCUAGGUACCGCCCCCCUGUUUUCGGCUAUAUAAGCGAUGCCAAAUAA